UACUGGAUGGUGUUCACUAGCAAGGAUGAAAAUGGCAGACGCAAUUUCAGUUCUGACGUACAGCUGGCCCAGUGGCAAUUUUAAGAAAUGUUGCCAAACGAACGCAAUAUAACUUGCGGAAUUAGGACACCUUGCCAUGAAUUAGUUAUUGAAUAUCAGGUUCAACAGCUGCAAAUGACGAUAUCCUUGGGAACUUCGAAAGCAUUUCCUUACACACUUCUCAUCCAAUAAUUACCUGUGACAUUUAACACUUAAUUGGAACUGCAUUGCUGGUCCCCACAGACUCAUAUGCUUCAGAUCGUGAAAUUAGCACAAUUCUUAACUGCAUGCCGUGUCAUUUUAGAAGGUAACUUUAGAACAAAGUGUAAAACUUUGAAGGUUAAUUUGCUGGUACAUUAACGUUAUAGUAUUAAAUUAUGGCAACUUUACCCUUCGCUUAUAUCGUCCUGAAACUAACUGAAACGGUUGGCUGGAAAGUCUUUAAAAUACUCGCACAGACAGACAAAUUUCUCAUUCUGAUCGCCAGUUUACAAGUCGUAUACCACGAUGAUGCUGCCAGCCUCUCUCUUCCUGUGCUUAUCCGCGAUGGCGUUUGCUGGUCCACCAGUGCCUAGCCACAGGUUCUCCAAGGAUGAGCUUCAGCGUUAUUUUGGUGUUGACAGCGACGAGAAAGCCCCUGAGUACGAGAUAGUGUAUCCAGAGUAUGCGACCGAUGAUAUGAAGCGCAGUGUGGGUCGUAGUGCCAUUGCAGCCUUGUCCCUCGACGUUUACGUCGAUGCAUUCGGUGAGACCCUCCAUAUGACAGUGGAGCGCGACGACAGUGGCAUUAAACCUGGACUCGAGGUCGAGUACUACACUGAUGAGGGCAUCAUCACGGAGCCUGUCCAAACUGACUGUAUUUACACCGGCAAAGUCGUCGGGGAAGCUGACUCUCUCGUGUCUGCCACCACUUGCGAGGGUUUGAUGGCGAUUGCAUAUCAUACCUCUGGGCCGACAUACAUUGAACCACUGGAUGAUGAGCACGCCUACAAGAGGGAUAUCGGGCGUGGUCUCCCUCACGUUGCCUACAAGAAUAAACCCAAAAACGGCGCCUCUUGCCCUGUUAGAAGUUUGAGGUGCACUGAAGGAGAUAUCAAGCCGUCUAGCACCAAGUAUCUAGAGCUUGCUUUCGUUGGUGAUGCUGUAUUGUAUUAUCGACGCGGAAACACCACCCAAACCUCUCUGACAACGCUGUUCAAUGCGGUGAAGAAUAUCCUUCAACUCGAUUCACUGGCUGGAAAAAAACUCGUUCCCAAACUGGUACAUAUGAUAAUCCUCACUCUAAGCAAGCCUGGAUAUAGGAUCAGCUGGGAUUUGUAUCGGUAUCUACCAAGUGCUGCAGAAUGGCUAGAUGAUAACAAGUACCCGUCUUCUGACGAUCGCCACUGGGACAAUGCUGUUGUCUUGAGCGGAAUGCACUUCAAUUACGGUAUCCUAGGCCUAGCAUAUGUUGGCGCCUGUGACAGCAAAGAGGCAGUGUCAGUUUCUAGCUUCCUCAGUUUUGAUGAGGCGACCGACACGGCUGCUCAUGAGAUCGGACACAACCUGGGCAUGUGCCAUGACAGCGAGGGAAAUAGUUGUCCGCCUUCUGGUUACGUCAUGGCCGCCUAUGAGAAUGAAGAAAAGAUCAAGCCAAUAUGGUCUUCAUGCAGUAGGCGUUACUACAACAGCUUUGUUGAGAAGAUGACCUGUUACAACGACUCUUAGAUCGCGUGGUCAGAAUGCAAAGUAAUGCUCCAUCGAAAAAGUACGCAACGACUUGAAAAGAUAAUAUCCAACCAACUUUGGAUUUACCUAUUAGAUUAGAGCAAGCGUGAAAAAGUAGGUCAGAUCUUUAAGUCUCUAAAAGAUUUUAUGUAUAUGCAUAUGUAUAUCUUCGUGUAGGCCUAAGUGCAAAAAGUGGUAAAUGCUUUUUUUGUGAAUGCUUUUUUUCUGAAAGUCAUGUUUUUGUCUAUUUUAGUCUGGGUUUAACCUAAGGUUACAGAAGAUUACAUUUUGACCUCGUUCGUCUCAAAGUUUGUUUAUUUCUUAUUAGUUUAUUUUUGUUUUAUUUGUCUUGUUCUAGUUUUUCAGCCCGGCAGUAAGAAUAUGUGAAGCAAUAAACUAAAGACGGUCUGCAAAGGACAGAUGCAAAAUCAAAUGAAUACGUUAAAAGUGAAAAUUGAGCUAGAUUUCAACAAUUGAUAUUAAACGUACACCAAUGGAUGCAGGAACAUGUGCCCUUUCGGAUGACCCCAAGUUUGCCAGAUUUCGAAAAUUUUCAGAGCUUUAAUGUUACAUUAUAAUUUUAUUAUUGGAAACUGAAAAAGUAAGCAGCACAAUAAAAUAUCCUAUUUGCUAUCGUUUAUAUUUGAAUGAAUCUUACACCAAUGGAUGCGAAAGAUGCCACAUAACUGCUUAAAGGGGCCUUAAUGCGGGUUUAAAUUAAGCCAUCCAGCAGCCACAAUGCAGUCCAAGUGGAAAACCUGCUUCUUUCCAAGUCCCACUAAGUGGUAAAUUACUUUAUCUUGCCCUUGAUUGACAAGUAGAGCUCAUGGGCGUCUUGCGGUGGCCUCACACGGGGUCAGUACACACCAGUGCAUCAAAUAGCAAACUACGUGUAACUAGCUAGAGCAUGUUUCUAAACAGAAUGUUUCUCUAUGUAACUCCAAACCGAGGUGCUCCACUGUUCAAAUGACAGGACUGUCUUUUUGUUGUCAUUAGUGGUGAAGGGAAAUUAAAAAAAAUCAGCACUCA